AUGAUGCUAAAUAAUCCGAAUGUUAUGGCACAACAAGGUCCACCUCCUCCUAAUCAAGGUCAACCACCAACUCAAACUCAACCACAAACAACAACAUCGCAAAUGAUGCCUGGUGCUAUUAAUCCAACAAUGAAUAUACAAGCACGUCAAAGUCAAAAUGAUGAUAUUUUAGCGCGUUGUCUUGUUCAAACUCAACGUCUUCGUGAAAAUCUUCAAGGAUUACUUAAUACGACAAAACAAGCAGCACAUAUUGAAACAGAUGAUCAAACAGUAUCAUCAUCAUCAUCAUCAUCAACCACAACAACAACAAAUCUUUCAACAAAUUCAACUAUAAGAAAUAAUAUUGAUCGUAAAUUAUACGACAUGAGUACAUCACUUGAUCAAUUAUUUGGAUUACUUGAUCAAUAUGAUUUUAAAUUAUUACAAAGUCAGCAAACAUUAAUUAAUCAUUACAAUGAAUUAUCCUAUGAAAAACAAGGUACAGUAAUGGAUGAAUGGUCAUCGAAUGUAAAAUGGGCUGAUAAAUUAAUUGAUAUAUUUGCAUUAAUGCAUCCAAGUACUCAACAUUAUCGUCGAAGUAAUUAUCGAAAUAUAAAUUCAAAUGUUCGUUCGCGUGUUGAUGGACCAUCAUCACCAAUAAUUGAUCGUGUCAUUGCACAAUUUGAAUCUUCUCAACCACAGCCACAACAACAACAAUCAUUGCAAAAAGAAUAUUCAAUUAGUGUACAACGUUUAUCAGAUCAUUUACAUAUUAUUGAAUUUAGUUUAUUUCGUUCAGGUUUAGAUAUUUAUUUAUAUGUUCGACAUUGUACAGUUGAACAUGUUAUUGUUAAACCAUUAAAUGAAAAAAAAAUAUUUUCAAAUAAUUUAAAUAAUAAAUUAUCAACAAAUUAUCGUGCUUUAGAUUUAAUUGCUGGACAUAUACGUGCAGCUGCUGUUUAUUAUGCACAAUUUACAAUGCAAGUUGAUCAAGCAUUAGCUAAAUUAUUAUCAUAUAUACAUAAAUAUCAAACAUUACAUGGACAAAAAUGUGUUAAUUGUCAAAAACAUUUAUUGAAUGGUUUACAACCAACAUGGAGAGAUUUUAAAACCUAUGAAUGUUUUCAUGAAGAAUGUUUAAAUUAA